AAAUAAAAUCGAUCAUCAUAAACUUCAAUCUCGAUGACUUAGAUACACAGACAACUUUUCUCAUAAAACGCAGCAACAAUAUUGACAAACGAGAGAGAGACGAGCCAGAUUACGCACCAAAGGGACCAAGAAAUGCCACCCGGCCACCAUCUGGCCAUGACCGACACUCAACGGGCCAGGCUCCCGGGAAGAGGCUCUGCCGGUGCAAUCUAGAGACAAUCUUCGCGCAAUCGAGAGGGAACCAGUUGUAAUAACAGUGCAACCUUCCGGAGCCCUCCGGAGUUGCAGGUUAUUGUGCAGCUGCAUCAAUUUCCCCCAACCCCCCCAACGACGACGACGACGACGACGUGAAAGUGACCCAAAUCGGUGUUCUUAUGAGCGUCGUUCCGGACAACGACGCCGACCACGGACCCUACAACGAGACCCCAGCUGGAACGGUACGAGGAACCGAGGCCACAGGAAGGUGGUGGCGGUGGCACCCUAAGACGACGAGGGAGUGGCUGCGGCACCAAGAUGAGUACAAAUUCACCCGGAACGCCGAAAAAGUGUCGGCUCAUACUGCAGCAGUGUCUGGCGAUCCAGCUGACCAAGCCGGGCCAUCCGCCGGAAGAUUUCUGGAUGUACGAUAGCGGCUACACGAUCUUUCAGAACUUCCUCUCGGCGAACCUGCAGUGCUGGUGGAAUGCCCCGCUGGCGGCCGCCACCAAGGUACUGCGCUACCUUGGCCACAUCUCGCCCGGGAUGCUGCUGAUAACGGCCGAACCGUGCGCCCUCGAGAUCAUCCGGAGUGCGUACGCGCGCAGCGUCCUCAAACCGCCGGCCACCUAUCUGAUCUGCUCCGUCGGUGACAUUGACGACUGCAUCGUGACGCCGAUCGUGCAGACGCAGUUCACGCCCCUCACCGAGGCCCUCUGCGACGUCAUCAUGGAGCUCACGUCCCAGGGCCAGUCGGCGACGGUCGAGCACAUCCGGACGCGACUGCGGAGCAGAUUCACGCACAUGCAGCAACCUUCGGUGGAGGUGAUUUACGACACGCUUGUACAGCUGAUGCAAGAGAUCAAGAUCUACCAAACAUCCAAGGGUUACUUCAUCGUCACGCCCGAAAAACGACGUAGCAAGUCGAAACCGAACGAGUACAACAGCUUUGCAAGUGCGAGCGACGAAUCCACCCAUCCGCCCCAGAAGGAGUCCAAGACGAUGCUGAUGAGCAGCCACGAGGCGUUGCGUUCGCUGUACGGCGAGAUCUCGACGGAGCGGGACGGCGACCUGACACACCAGUGCAUCCAGACGAACCUGGCGGACGUGAUCUGCGGCGGCAAUCCGAACGACAAGAUCCUGUACGCGAGAACCGGCAGCGGAGGCGGGAUCAGUGGUGGGAGCAGCAGCAAACAGCGCAGCGCAUCGUUGGCCGGCAGCCAUAAGACGCUGGAGCGAAGGCACAGCUUGCGGAUCUUCGGGUCGUCCAAGCGACUGCAACGAUCGGCGUCGACGCGGAGCCUUUCGAAGAACUACGCCCAGACCAUAUCGAAGGAUACGAGCGCAGCAGCGGGGAGCUCGUCGAGCUCGGAGAAUCAGUCCAAUUGUGAUACGAAAAAACAAGCGUCUUCCCAAUCGCUGCUGUCGAGGAUCUUCCGGCGAAGCACCCGAUCGAAGAGUAAAACGAAACAGAUCGAGACGUACUCGGCGCAGUUUCCACCGCCCGAGUGGUUCAACUCCAAGACGACCCAUCUGCACAGCGUCGGUACCCAAACCAUGGACUAUCUGGACAUGCCGAUCAAGUCCCGCCUGACAAACUCGACAUUCUACGACAGCUCGGACGUGAGCCAGCGAUCGCUGUCCCUCCCGCGACGGCGCCACCACCGGCGAAACCUGUCCAGCGAGUCGACGUUCUUCAUCUCGUCGCGGGACUGUUCGCCGGUUCGCCGGGGCAAGUCACCCUCGUACUACUGCGGCAGUUUGCCACGCUCGAUCCACUCGACGCCGGCGAGUUCCGGCUACUACAAGGUGUCCCGCAGCAAGCAGCAGCUGUCGUCGUCGGAGAAGCUGCACAGCAACAGCCAGCACAAGAUCGAGAGCGGCAAGCAGUCGUCGGGCAGUCGAGUCGGCAGUGGUCCGUCCAGCAUCGAUAGCGGCAAGAUGACGUACAUCACGUCGGGGCCGUCCAGUUUCGACAGUGAAAAGUUGUCUUCCACGCGGACGAGCACGCACUCGAGUCUGGAGUCGCACGUGUCAGCUGCGACGGUGACCACGACGAUCCAGCAGCAGUCGACGACGUCGAGCUACUUCAUCGCGAACGACAUGAAGCCUUCGUACGUGAGUGCGGGUUCGGGAUCGAAGGAUCGGCCACCGCCAGCUCCAGCGGUGACGACCACCACGAGCAGCGGAAGCAGCGGAUCGUCCAAGACCAACAAUAACCACAACCAAUACAAGGGGUUUGAAACCACCUUCGGGUACAAUAAACAGGCCAUCAACACUAGCACAAAUAACAACCAUAGCAAUAGUAGUAGCAACCAUCUUGUUAAGAACUCAAAUGCACUUUGUAAUGAAGCCAUUACGAAUAACGGCAUUUUAAAGUUAGACACCGACCUGCCGUCCUCGAACGGCCAGGACGGGCCCCGGCACGAUCAGCUAUCGGCGCUCAACGAAACCCUGCUAAACUUUAAACUCCACGCCGAUUCCGGACCCCCAGACCUGCACGAGCUCAACCGCUACAACAAAAACAUCCAAGCCAACCAGGAAAACACUCCCAUGAACAACAGCAAAACGUUGCCAUCGACGCCUCCAGUACAACCGGCCAAUUUUUUCUACAAAAACGUCCUCAAGAACAUCCAGCACGACGCCAAGAACAUCUGCGGGGACCUAGCCACGGACAAGGACUUCCUGCCCGAGCACGACCACCAAUCAAACCUGCGUCGAUCCAACUCCGAAAUCAAAAAGCUCAACUCCAACCCAACCCCCCACAACAACAACCCGUCCUCUCCGGAAAAGAUCAGCGGCCUCAUCGUAAUGAAGAAGAGCCUGUCCGUCUCCAGCGAACCCAACCUGGCGAACCAACUCCAAGAAACGACCACCACCAACAAAAUCACCAUCCUGCUCAAAGACACCGACAAACCCAACAACUCGGACCGCCGCUUCUCCUUCCAAAGCAAGGACGAUCCCAUGAUCGACGAGAUCUACUGUGACUUCCCCUCGCUGACGGACCUGAGCUUCAACUUCACAUCCCUAGCGGCCCAGAAGAUCCUGCAGGGACGGGACGCCAGCCUCAACUCCAUCGACACCCUCGUCGAGCUGAACAUCAACCAGGAAAAGCAGCAAACCAUCAUGAAGCUGAAGCACGAUGCCGCCCGGAUGCUGGGCCAGCAGGACACCGGCGCGGAAACAAAGCCGGACUACGGAGUGGUGUGAGCCGCGACGCGGCCAAACAAACUGUACAUUAAACCCAAGUAUAAGUGCCAAUAUCUUAACGAAACGAACAUUUAUCUGUAAUUAUGUAGCGACCUUUGCUAAGUAUUAUUCACGUACACGCUAUUAUAUAGUUGAAUCUGUUAAUUAAUUAUAUUAUAUUAACGACCUAAGCGAACUGAAACGAACAUUUGGAGGAUUUUAAAAACACUUUGUAAAACAAUUACUCGAAACGGAAAAAUCGAACAUUUACUCAACUGUGGUAACAACCUUCUACAAUGAAAAAAAGAAACUAAACACGUACUUACACCAUUGUACCAACGAAACACACAUGCUCUGUACAGGAAUAUCUACAACACACACUAUUCGAAUAAAGACAAAUUAAUACCGUAA